AUGGAAACAACUCUUAGAAUUGGUGUACUCUCAGCCAGAGAAUUAGCAGCAGCUGAUAGAGAUGGUUUUUCUGAUCCAUAUGCUGUUAUUCGUAUCGCGAACAAAAAAUACGAAACCGCAGUAAUCAAAAAAAAUUUAAAUCCGAUUUGGAAUACAACCUUUGACAUUAAACUAGUUGAAGCUGUAAUUCCACCUCACAUCACUAUAACAGUAUGGGAUAAAGAUCGGUUCGGUCGGGAUUUUCUAGGCGAAGUGACGAUUCCGAUUAAGCAAAUAUUUGCAAGAAAUGCUGGUGGUUUAAAUGAUGGUCUACCUAGAACUUUUGAUGAUCCAGAAAAUAUGCCUUCUGCUUAUACUUUACAAAAACGAAAUGCAAAGCAAGAUGUUAAGGGUGAUAUCAUACUAAAAUUUGGUAUCGUUGAUAGUCGAAAUCGAUCGUUAGAAGAGUUGAGAUGCUUUUGGGAGAGCUUGACUAAUAGUUAG